UUAAAAUGCUAAAAACUUUGAAUUCUGUUUUAAAACAUUAAUGGACUUGCGUAAAUUGUGUCGCCUCUGCUUUGUGGACAAUGCCCUGGUGGACAUCACGGAGCACCGGGCCAGCGCCUGUCCAGAACUCACAAUACUCCAGCUGCUGCAUGCCAUUUACGGCGAGAAAUUAAUGUUGGAUGUGGUGGAGAAGUUGCCUAUGAUUUGCAAUGCAUGCCUGGAUGAAUGCCUUCAGCAAUAUGCCUUUUUCCGGAAACUCAGGACUGCAAAUCAGCAGUUGCUGAAACUCUACCAUGAAGCACAAAAGGAACUAGAAUGUCCAGAGCAGGAGGAGCUACAAGCUACCGAGGAGGAAGAUACCCUCCAGGAGUUUGACGCCCAGGAUUUAAUUGUACUGGAACCAGAGGAGGAGAACAGGGAGUUGGAGCAGAAACCCUCACAGGGCUUGGCCAACCACGAUUCGUUGAUUGUGUCCGAGUUUCUGCCCUCCACAACCACCCAGGUGGAGCUGGGCUCUGACUACUCCAACCAGCAGCAGGAGGCCACAACCUAUGAAAUGCGCACCGUGGACUACGCUGCCGUGGAGUUGAAACACUACAACCUAGACGAAUACAACGAGGCCAAUCGGUUGCUCGACGUGGAGCCAAGUGGCAGCCAGGCGGUCUACAAGUGUCAGUAUUGCCCUUUGGCCUACGCCUCCCCCCAGUACCUGAAGACGCAUGUGCGCAGCUCGCACGUAUGCAAGUAUUGCACCAUGGCCUUUGCCAAGGUGCGUGAUCUCAACGAGCAUAUAAGGAGCAACCACUCUGACCAUCAGUGCGUCGUGUGCAGCAACAGCUUUAGUACCAGCAGUAACCUUCGAGCUCACCUAAAGAGGGUGCACGGUGUCCAACUGCCCGCCCAGGUGGCUCUCUUAGACUACAGACCGGCCUCCGCUGACAAGGACAACCCUCGUCCUCAAUAAAAAGAGAUACUACUUUUAAACAUGA